AUGUCUUCAUCAACUUCUACCUCAAAUCCUACCUCAACUUCCACCCUUAGCGGCCAUCCCCCUCCGCGCAUGCCUCAUGACUCUCCGAAAAACCUUGGUAGUGAUAUGACCAUGUUCUUUUUUGGUCAGCCAGAUACCCCAACGCGGUUUCCUACAUCAGAUGAACAACUUAUAAAGAGCCUUAAUGUUGAAGCUCUUGGCAGGGUUUUUCUUCCACCCCCUCCCUAUAUGACACUGCCUGAAUAUUCUGUGCUGCGUCCCGAAGGGCACCGAUCCCCUGAUCCACUGCCGAUCUACUUUAGUCUCAACCUCUCUGUCUAUAGCCAGCAGAUUGUUGAUUCGGAGUGGCAGAAUCAGUGGUUCCAUUUCACUGGCAAAGUGCACCCCUACGCACUGGAGUGGGUCCUACGGGAGCCUGAUGUUUUCAGCGAUGAAGGUGGUGACGGCGAAGUGUACAAGGUUCCAGUUGUUCUCAUACGCGACUUUGGAUACCAAGCCAUUGACCCACGAACUCUUUGCAAUGGUGAGGGCUUUCCACUUAUCCAACCGGUUGUUUCCUUGACCGGGCAGGUUCUCGGGACAGGUCAAACCCACUUGAUCAAGGACUCUGUCCCGCUGUUGGAUGAUGCGCAGCUGAGAUGCUGUGCAUUUAUCCAGUGCUGUACCUACAUCACGCCGGGUCAGCCAUCAAAGAGCCCUUUCAAAGGCUUCCACCCCUUUCAAGUUUUUAUUCUCUUUCCUAUUCAUGCUUUGCCAUUCUCUCUCCUCUGCAAGAAGAUGGCAGAUAGGAAAGAUAAGCAGUUUGUUCCAGGUGUUCCCUUCAACUGCGUCGGCAAGAUUGUUGGCCUGCUUGACCAUAGUCUUAUGGUGGCUGCCCCUACAGUUGAUGAGAAGGACUAUGUUUUCAUUGUCGUUCCCGACUCUUGGACGUUUCCGGACAAGAGCACGCCACCUGCACCUGCCGCUAACACAGUCCCCCCCUCUAAAACCGAACCUGGCCCAUCCCAAGCUGGCGGCUUCGCAGCAGCGAGGUCUAUGUUCAAGUCUCCCUCAAAGAAAUCUUCACAGGCCCGCAAUCUCCGCAUCUCCAUCGUCUCAGUCAAGUUCGAACGACCCCGCCCCCAAGAGACUCAGGGGGUCUACUGUAACUACUGCAACAUCUCCAAUCAUUGCAGGGUCGCCGGUCUCCCCUUUAACAUCCGUAGACUCUGA